AUGUCCGUCCAAAAAGGAAUAAAAGCAGCCUCCGAAUACGUAAAAGAAGCCAUUGCAACCACAGAGAAAUUCCAUAAGAAGGGAAUCAAUUUAUUUGAUUUGCUUUCAAGAACACCAAAGAAUGGAGUGGAUAGUUGUUUUAAACGUAAAAAUUGGAGGUUUGAUACCUAUUAUAAAAUUACGAAAGUGAUUUUGAGUGCUGAUGGUAAACACGGUACUGCUUGGGGCGUUCCUUAUUAUCAUGGUAAAGCAAGGUCCGAAACACCUGAAAAGAUUCACGGAGCCUUGAAAAAAGAUUUAUGGAAAUAUAUUCCUGAAGAAAAGCUCCAACAAUAUGCCAUCUCUAGGGAAGUUCAUGAAUAUGAUCAUUGGAUUCUCGAAAAUACCAUGAGACAAAAUGAAGAGGCUGCCAAGAAUAUUCAACAACAACAACAAUAA